AUGUUUCCACUUUCGCAUACGAUAUCUGUGGGCUAUGGAUUUUUGCUGUUAUGGAUAAUAAUGCUGCAAAGCGAUUUGCCAAUUUCAAGAGCAUGUAUUAAACAUGAGCGAAUUUCUCUAUUAGAUUUCAAGGCUGGUCUUAAUCUUUCCUUUGGUCGAUUAUCCUCUUGGCGGGGAUUUAACUGUUGCCAGUGGGAGGGGGUUGGCUGCGAUUAUAAUACAUCCCAUGUCAUUCGCCUUGAUCUAAGUGCUGACCCUGAUGUAAAUGAUAAUUGGCUCAGAAGGAGUGAGUUUCGUCCAUCGCUGUUUCAUCUGCAGCAUCUAGAGCACUUAGAUCUCAGCCGAAAUAGCUUUAAUGGUUCUUCUAUUCCUCCACAGUUGUCAAAACUCCAGAGACUUUCAUUUCUUAGCUUGUCAAAUGCUGGAUUUUGUGGUGAAGUCCCUCUGGAGUUGGGAAAUAUGUCAAGCUUGCGCCAUUUGGAUAUUUCAGAUAAUUUCUGUCUAUUUCAAAUUUCAGAUUCAGAUUGGUACUGGGAAUAUUGCCUGAGGAGUAGUAAGUUUGAUGUAUGGAUCAGAAAUCUGAGAAGCUUAGAAUUCUUGGGAAUGGAUAAAGUGAACCUGACAAUGGCCUCGAAGAAGUGGGGUGAAGCCCUCAGCGGUCAUGCCAAUCUUACCCAAAUUCACUUGUCUCGCUGUGGGCUCUCAGGUAAUAUUCCAGAUCUCUCAAACCUCACCUCUUUAUCACAUCUUCAUAUAGGCUCUAAUUCCUUCCCGUUUCAACUACCCUACUGGUUUGAGAAUAUGUCCUCCCUGGUUUCACUUGAUCUCUAUGACUGUGGUCUGAAUAGUACCAUCCCUUCCAAUUUCCUACCCCGUUCCAAAUUGAGAAAUCUUGUGCUUGAUUUUAAUAUAGAUAUGCAGGGAUCAAACCUUUCUUUCAUUCUAGACCAUUCUUCCUCACUUGUCGUGCUUUCUGUCCACCAUUGCAAUUUAGGAGGAGUGAUUCCCCCCUCUAUUGCAGACUUUUCAAAACUUGAGACCAUGGAUUUGUCGAAAAACAAUUUGAAUGGCAGUAUACCAUCCUCUUUUGACAGCCUUUCAUCCCUUGCAACUCUGGACCUUAGUGACAACCAGCUAACUGGUCAGAUUCCUACUUCUUUGUGUCAGCUUCCGGUAUUAAGUAAACUUGAUCUAUACCACAACCAACUAUCACGAACAAUUCCAGAAUCCGUUUCAAAGCUGGCUAGUUUAGAAGUAUUGUCACUUAACUAUAACCAUCUAACUGGUCAGAUUCCUUCGUCUUUGUGUGAGCUUCUGGUGUUAAAUGAACUCCAUCUAGGCCACAACCAGUUGUCAGGAACAAUUUCAAAUUCCAUUUCAAAGCUGGCUAGUUUAGAAGUAUUGACACUUCCUUCCAACAGAUUAAGAGGCACCAUUUCACUUCAGAUGUUCGACAAUCUAACUCGCCUACAAGGACUGGACCUUUCUGAAAACCAAUUUACCAUUGCCAUUUCUACAAGUUGGGUUCCACAGUUUGGCCAUCUGGAGUACUUGGCAUUGAGGUCCUGCAAUAUAUAA